AUGAAUCAAGCAACCAACAUUCAACCACAAAAUAAUCGACAUCAAAGGCUUCCAAAUAUUGGUGGAUCCCAAAGAACUCAAAGGACUCAACGAGGGAAUCCAUUUGGCGGAUUACGGAGUUCAGACACCCCAAUACAAAACGCUGAAUUCCAAACUGUGUUGUUUUGGGGAUUUUCCUUCACAUAG